AAAGGGACGACAGUGCAGAGCUAUGAAUGAGUCGCUGGUGGUGAACGACUCCUCUGCGUCUCCUGUGGCUGGGGAGGCUCUCCCCUGGCUGGAGGCUGAGUCUUCGGACCACAACGGCAGCCUGCAAUUGUCUGCCGCUCCGUUUGACUUCCCCAUCAACCCGUGGGACAUCAUGCUUUGUAUGUCAGGCACGGUGAUCGCCUGUGAGAACGCUAUAGUGGUGGCAAUCAUCUUCUACACACCAACGCUAAGGACUCCCAUGUUUGUGCUGAUUGGGAGCCUGGCCACUGCGGACCUGUUGGCCGGGAUGGGAUUAAUCCUGAAUUUUGUGUUCCAGUAUGUGAUCUCCUCUGAGACCAUCAGUCUUAUCACCGUAGGCUUUUUGGUGGCCUCUUUCACUGCAUCCAUCAGUAGCCUCUUAGCCAUCACAGUGGACCGUUACUUCUCCCUCUACAAUGCCCUCACUUACUUCUCUGAGAAGACGCUGCAGUAUGUCCACCUGAUGCUGGUGGGGACCUGGGGCGUGUCUCUGUUCCUGGGCUUGCUGCCCGUCCUCGGCUGGAACUGCCUAGAUGAGCCGACCUCCUGCAGCAUCGUCCGCCCUCUGACCCGAAGCAACCUCACACUUUUGGCCACUUCCUUCUUUGCCAUUUUCGUGCUCAUGCUGACCCUGUACUUCAAGAUCUGCAAAAUAGUGUGCCACCAUGCCCAUCAGAUCGCCCUCCAGCAGCACUUUUUUGCAACAUCUCAUUAUGUGGCCACCAAGAAGGGUGUGUCCACUUUGGCUAUUAUCUUAGGGACUUUUGGUGCCAGCUGGCUCCCUUUUGCAAUUUACUGUCUAGUGGGCGAGAGGGAGUAUCCAUCAGUGUACACCUAUGCCACGCUGCUGCCAGCCACCUACAACUCCAUGAUCAACCCCAUCAUUUAUGCCUACAGAAACACAGAGAUCCAGCGCUCCAUCUACAUGCUUCUAUGUGGCUGUUUUCAAGCUAAUGGGUCCUAUAGGUCCAGGUCACCAAGUGAGGUCUGAAAAGGUGCUAGAGCUUGAAUGUGUGUU